AUGUCUGAUGAUUUUACUUUCCACUAUAUGAUGCAUCCAUGCAAAACACCCAACAAGGCUGGUCUUGGAAAUGAAAUUCUUGAAUUACAAAAACAAAUGGAACAAUUAGGUAUGCUAAAAAAAGAAAACAAAAAAAUCGAUGCAACGAACUGCAUGUUUUGUGCCAUGGAGACCCGUGAUCCUGAGGUAUUAAGAAAAUUCUUUUCGAAUUGGCACAACUUUGUGACCAAUCCAGACAUUUUAUUAACUCCUCUUUCAUCCCUGACACUUCAAUUGUCCGCUUGUGGAAGUGAAAAUUUACAAUAUUUUGUGGAUGUUGAUUGUGUGAAUGCAUUUAUUGAACUCAUGACGAGUAAGAUCGAAUAUGCGUCUUUUUAUUGCGUAAGAAAUUUGAACGUUCUUACUAGAGAUCGUCCUGGAUUAGUGUUUUUGAAGUUAUUGUCUCAGAAUAAUGAAAGACUGAGCGUGAAAACACUGAUCACCAAGUUAAUUCAAAUCAUCUAUAGUCAAUUCACUUUGGAGAAGAGAGAAUGCCUUUUGACAUUUGCCAACAUUUGUCAAUAUAUUGUCAAUGAAGACAACCCGGAUGAAGAUUUUUAUGUAGAAAAAGUCUAUAACAUGGUUCAGGACAUGAAAGGUUAUUUAUUGCAAUUGGGUUUAUUCAAGGCAUUUGUUCAUUGA